GGGGCGCCUGCGAUCCCGGUGGCGGCUCCGGUGGGUCGGGAACUGGGGGGCGGGGGGAGCCGGGGCCGUGCCCGCCACCCGUGCGGCUCCCCCUGGGUCUGCGGCCCCGUUACCGUCGAGGCGGCAGAGCCGGCCCCGUGCCCGCUGUCUUGCCCAACCGGGCCCCGGCCCGCCCAGUACCGGAGCCGCACCGGCGCCCCCGGGCGUGGGCGGGACGGGAAGGCCCGGGCGCCCUUAAAGGCGAGGCCGGCAGCUGACCCGGUGCUGCGGGAAAGGUCGGGCAGCCAGUGCGGCCGGGACGAGCUCGGGGUGCCACCGGGACCAGAGACUUCAGCGGUGCCGCCGCCACUCACGGGAUCCCCGGGGGGACGUGGAGGGGCCAUGGGGGCCGUUGGUGCCCUGGGCUGGCUGCUGCUGCUGCUGCAGGCCGUGCACCGGGCCGCAGGUGCCCAGCCCUGCAGCCCCAAGUAUUUUGGCCGCGAUGCCAUGGUGUGCGUCUGCAACGCCACGUACUGCGACACGCUGGACCCCGUGGUCCUGCCGGCACCGGGCACCUACGUCAAGUACGAGAGCAGCAAGGCCGGCAAGCGGCUGGAGCGCAGCGAGGGGAGCUUCCAGCGCAGCCUGCGCGCCCCAGAUCUUGUCCUGACUGUGGACAUGACACAGCGGUACCAGAAGGUGAAGGGAUUUGGUGGCUCUGUCACUGAUGCGGCUGCCAUGAACGUCUUUUCCCUUCCGGAGACAGCUCAGGAUCAUCUGCUGCGCUCGUACUUCUCUGAGGAAGGGCUGGAGUACAACCUCGUCCGGCUCCCUAUGGCCAGCUGUGACUUCUCCCUCCAUGCCUACACCUAUGACGACGUUCCCUUCGACUACGAUCUCACCCACUUCAGCCUGCGAGACGAGGACACAAAGCUGAAAAUCCCCCUCCUGCACCGAGCCUUGGCCAUGAGCAAGCAACCGCUGUCGCUGUACGCCAGCCCUUGGACCUCCCCGACCUGGAUGAAGACCAGCGAGUCGUUUGUGGGGAAGGGCACACUGAAGGGGCAGGCAGGGGACAAGUACCACAAGACCUGGGCCAACUACUUUGUACGGUUCCUGGAUGAAUACGCCAAGCACAACCUGACCUUCUGGGCAGUAACGGCAGAGAAUGAGCCUUCGGCGGGGCUGAUCAACAACUACCCCUUCCAGUGCCUGGGCUUCACGGCCGAGCAGCAGCGGGACUUCAUCAUACGGGACCUGGGCCCUGCACUGGCCAACAGCUCCCACCGCGACAUCCAGCUCAUCAUCCUGGACGACAACCGGCUCCACCUCCCGCACUGGGCCAAAGUGGUCCUGGAGGAUGAAGAGGCUGCUCGCUAUGUCCACGGCAUCGGCAUCCACUGGUACCUUGACUUCAUUGGUCCCAUACAGGACACGGUGGUGCCCACUCACGAGCUCUUCCCCGACUACUUCAUCCUGGCCACGGAGGCGUGCAUUGGGGCCCAUUUCUGGGAGAGGGAUGUGAUCCUGGGCUGCUGGGACCGGGGGAACCAGUACAGCCACAGCAUCCUGAUGAACCUGAACCACUUUGUGGCCGGCUGGACUGACUGGAACAUAGCCCUGGACCUGGAGGGGGGUCCCAACUGGGUCAAGAACUACGUGGACAGCCCCAUCAUUGUGGACAGCAGCGAAGGCAUCUUCUACAAGCAGCCCAUGUUCUAUCACAUGGGGCACUUCAGUAAGUUCAUCCCCGAGGGCUCCCAGCGUGUGGGGCUCGUCGCCUCCAAAGAGUCCAAGAAGACGGACCUGGAGUACACGGCUUUCCUGCGCCCCGACGGUGCCGUGGUGGUGGUGGUUCUGAACCGGUCCCUGCAGAACGUAACCUUCGGGCUGGCUGAUACGGUCGGCCUCAUCACAGCCGUGGCUCCAGCCAACUCCAUCCAGACCUACCUGUGGCAGCGGCAGUGACGGGGCUGGGACGCCCAUGGCUGGACUGAGCCAGGCCGGGAGAGCAGCCCCACACUGCCUGCAGGCUCGGCCCUGGGGGCACAGAGGAGGCGGCUCACCACUCGUCUGCACAGCGAUGGAGCCGAGUGCUCGGGCGAGCUGGGCCGGGGAGCGCUGUGCGUGUGCAGGAGGGCCAGGGGCACCGGUGCCCCUCGGGAGGGAGAUGCCACAGGCUGUGAACGCUUUUUUCUGACGCUCUGACAUUAAAUGCUGAUGUUGCCUUGA